AUGCCGGUCAAUCCAGCAGCUCGUGAAUCCCAGCCCAUCGUCCUCGUGGAGAAUGAAGAUGGAAAAGUUGAUGAGAGUGAAGCUGCUCCACCAAAGCGGGAGCUCACCUCUGAUGAUGAGGUUUACCCAAAGUCCAAGCGCAAAGCCCAGGAAUCCAACACUGAGGCAUGCUUGAGUCUUCAGGCAGCUGCCCAAAAGUUUGUCGCAGAAGAUGCCAAUGGGAAGCACCUCCGUCAGUGCCAGCACGUGAUUUUGCGUGCCAGCUGUGAGAUUUCUCCAGAUUGUCAGUCAGUGCUCGAAAAGACGUACGGGACUUGCCCGGUUUGCAUCAUGUACAGCCGGAUGGGGAAGGGGCUUCAUGAGAAAGAUGUGGAGUUCAACACCCACGAAUCCUUCUAUGAGCAGUAUCCUGUGAUUGCAGACGUGCUCUUCAUAGAGAAUGUCACGGAGUACCCUCGCAGUGUGGUGGAGUCCCACCUAGGCCCUGGCUUUGAGGUUCAGGAUGUGCAGGUGGACCCAAGGAAUGUAGGCCUGGGAGUGGGCCGUGCUCGCAGUUUCUUCGUGGCAUACAAGAAGGAGAAAAUCAUGUGGAAUGCAGAAUAUUCCCUCACAAGUUUCCUGGAAUGCAUUUCUUCGAAGUCAGUGCUAUCAGCGAGAAACUAUUUCUGGCAGUCACAUCCGAAAGACCAGCUUAGUGAUGCUGAAGACAGAAACCUUCGUGAAUACCGAAUGCUUGACAAGAAGAUCACGUUUCCAGAUCUCAGCCAAUAUGCACGGAAUGGCCGUGGAAGGGGAGAACUCGCUGACGGAUCUUUGAUGACUUUGACGACCAAUUCAUCAAAAAUUUAUUCCGAGGAGCUUGGCCGUUUCCUGAAACCAACGGAGAUGAUGGCGGCACACACAAUUCCAUGUACCCGGAUGCAGUCAAAGGCUGCUGGUGCUCCCAAAUUGGAUUUGAAGGGCAUCAGUCCCAAGUCUGUUGCAGCGAUGGCUGGAAACAGCUUAUCAAUUCCAUGCUUUGGAUAUGUCUUGCUUGCUGCCGCUUGUGCUUUGGAGCCACGCUUGGCCUAG